GAAAUGCAUCUUAAAACUGAAAUUAACCUAUGGAAAUCUAAAUGGAUAAGAAUAAAAGAAGAAGGUGGAGAUGUCAACCUUGAUGUCAUCACUUCUGCGGAAAAUUGUAAUGAGGUGCUUUAUCCUACUAUAAAGAAGUUGCUUUUUAUUUUAGCAUGCUUGCCUGUUAGUGUUGCCUCCGCUGAAAGAUCUUUUUCGACUCUUAGAAGAUUAAAAACCUGGCUUAGGUCAACAAUGGGGCAAAAUAGAUUAAGCGGAUUGGCUUUAAUGCAUGUGCAUCGAUCAAUACACAUCGAUAUUGAUCGAAUUAUUGAUAAAUUUUCCGCUAUGAAAAAAAGAAAUGUUGAUUUUCAAAUUUAA